AAUGAUGGUUAGAGAGUUUACAUGAGGAGAAAAAGUUUAGCCAAACAUUAGUUUUGAAAAGUUAAACCAAACAUGGCCAGAGCUAUCGUCUGAUCUGACUUUGUUUUAGGGUUUAAUACAUCCUACGAAAAACUCUCCGACUGUUACCAUAACGUUUUACUGACGCCAAUGAUGCCUCGAUGGAGCAGAACCCUAGGUUACCUAUACCGACACAAUAAAUCAGUAGAUUUGUAUGUGUUACCGUGCAGGCGAAUUUCUAGGGUUGCCGCCGUUGAAGUGCCGCCAGCUUCUAAUGCUUCUGCUAUAUCGGAGGAAAGUCUGAAUAAGAUGUUUCGAUCUAAGCCUUCUUCUUUAGCCUUGCCACCUGAAUCCCCUUUGAGAAUUGAGGAACCGACUUAUGAGGGUCUCCGCCAUUUUUUCCUGAAAAUGAUGUUGUUCUAUAGCAAGCAAAGCAAGUCUAUUCGGCAAGCAAAUGUUAUUUACCGCCGUGUUGUAUCUCAAGUAGAUAAACCUGUCAUUUAUGAUGUUUUUAAAAUGGAGAAAACUUUUAGAACAAAUUUCUCAAUGCUAGUAGUACACAUGUGGCUUUGUUUGCGUCGCUUGAAAGCAGAAGGAAAGGAAGGCAUUGAAUUGGGGCAAUACGUGUAUGAAAUCUACAAUCAUGAUUUAGAGACCAGAGUUUCCAAAGCUGGGGUUAAUUUGCUCUUGUCUAAAUGGAUGAGGGAAUUGGAAAAGGUAUUUUAUGGGAAUAUUGUCGCUUUUGAUACCGCAAUGCUUCCGGAAGCUAAACAGGAUGAUUUGCAGAAUGCAAUAUGGAAGAAUGUCUUUGCUGAAGAUGGUUCUUCAAAGCUAGAUGUCUCUGCAUUACCAGCUGUCUUGGCAUUCACAAGAUAUGUCCGACGAGAAUGUACCUGCCUGUCAUUAACAGAUAAAGAAGCAAUGUUCUCUGGAAACUUCCUGUUCACUCCUCUGGACAACCCAAAACCCUAGAUCUUUUCAGACUGUGAAAGCAGUACCCUACCCAUGAAGAAUGAAUAUAAAAAGAAAGAGAGGCUGCUACCACAGUGGUGGUGGGGAAGGAGGACGUAGUGCAAGCGGCGGUGGUGGUGUGAAGGGUGGAGGAUGGUGCCAGACUGCCAGUAGUAGUUGAUGAAUUGAUUAGACCUUGUUUUCGUUUGCCAUGCGGAAAUGUUUUAUAUAUGGACUUGCUAAUAUUACGCCCUGUUAUUGCAUCAUGAUUUAUUGUGUUUAUGCAACCUCAAUCUCAAUAAAACUUGAAUCGCUGAUGUUUUGUUUUUUCUAAGUUAGCUAUGAUGGCUACAAAAUCGAGUAUGUAUAUUACUUUUGUUUGUUUAAAUGCAAGUGGACUCUUAUACGA